GGGGCAGAAAGCAAAGCGACGCGUCAGGCCCUUUGCCCAUUGUGCCCUGAGCCCCUGUGCAAACACAGCCCAGCAUUUUCUUUGUCAGCGGCAGGGGGUGCGGGGGGGCCGCUCUCGCCACACUGCCUGAGUGGAAUGGACAGCGGCAGCCUGCCCGGUGGGUGCCCCGGCCCCCGCGCUGACACAGCGCAUAGAGCCCCCGGCACAGCCCUGCUUCGCUGCCCGCCUAUAUAGGACUGGGGAAAGCCAGCACCGGCACCACCACCUUCGCCUCUGUGCCCUGCGACCAACUGAGCUCCCGCAUGACCAGCGAAGCCAUGGACACUCUGGGGCAGUACAAGAUCACGGUGUGGGAGGAGGAAAGCUUCCAGGGCAAGCGCUGUGAGUUCCUCAUGGAGUGCCCCAGCAUCAUGGAGCGCGGCUUCCGCAAGAUCCGCUCCAUCAAGGUGGAAUCCGGCCCCUGGGUGGGCUUUGAGUACCCCGAGUACCAGGGGCAGCAGUUCAUCUUGGAGAAGGGCGACUAUCCACGGUGGGAGGCCUGGAGUGGGAACAGCGGGUACCGCACCGAGCAUCUCCUUUCCUUCCGACCCGUCAAGUGUGCGAACCACAAUGACAGCAAGGUCAUCCUGUACGAGGCGGAGAACUUCCAGGGGCACAAGUUUGAGCUGAGCGACGACUACCCCUCGCUGCAGGCCAUGGGCUGGGGCAACAAGGAGGUGGCAUCCAUCAAAGUGAACGCUGGAGCGUGGGUGGCAUACCAGUACCCAGGAUACCGGGGCUACCAGUAUGUGCUGGAGCGGGACAGACAGAACGGCGAGUUCAAGAAGUACAGCGAAUACAGCAGCCAGGCCCACACCAACCAGAUCCAAUCCAUCCGCCGCAUCCAGCACUGAACGGGGGCAAAGCACGUCCCCUCGCAGCCUGCAGGCUGCCAUGCCAUAGACCUGUACCUGGUAGCAAAUAAAGGCAUUUGUCAAAAAAA